CAGCCGAGCGGAGCGGAGCCGGGUAGCGGCGGCGAGCGGUGCUCCGUGCCAUCCGCUGCCGGGCCGCGGCGGCCGCGCUCCGGGUCGCCAGCCGGAGUCGGCGAGAAGGAGGGAGGGAGGGAGAACGGACGCCCGCCGCCCAGCCGCGCUGCUGCCGGGCACCGCUUUCCGCGGAGGACUGCGCGGGAGAUCCGCGAGACGGAGGCUGUCCGCCGCCCCGACAUGGCGAUCGCAAGGCAAGUGCUUUGUCUCUCUGCUUUCCUCUCCCUGCCGCACGCUCGCUCCGAGCCCAUCCGCUACUCCGUAGCCGAGGAGGGGGAGAGCGGCUCCGUGGUAGCGAACGUGGCGGAGGACGCGGGGCUGGCCCCGGCGCAGCUCUCGGCUCGCCGCGCCCGCCUGGCCUCGGAGGACGGCCGGCAGCACUUUCGCUUAGACCGCGGCACCGGCCGCCUCGUCGUGGCCGAGAGGCUGGACCGGGAGCAGCUGUGCGGGCAGUCCGGGACGUGCACGCUCCCCUUCGAGCUCCUGCUGGCAAACCCCCUGCAGUUCUUUCGGGUCGAGGUGACCGUGGAGGACAUCAAUGACCAUUCGCCCGUUUUCCCCGAGCAACAGGUCACUUUUAAGAUCCUGGAAACUAGUAACCCAGGCUCGCGUUUCCCGCUGGAGGGGGCUCAGGACCUGGAUAUUGGCAGCAACAGCAUCCAGGCUUACAGCAUCGCUCCCGAGAACGAGUACUUUAGUGUCUCCUUUGGGAGUCAGAGUGAGGAUGACAAAUCUGUGGAACUGGUCUUGGAAAAGCCACUAGACAGAGAGGAGCGGGCAGAUUUGAGCUUCAGUCUCAUUGCCAUGGAUGGAGGCACUCCACCCAGGAGUGGGACCACCCAAGUCCACAUUGUUGUUCUAGAUGUAAAUGACAACUCUCCGGUCUUCACACAGAAAUUGUACGUUGGCCAGGUACUGGAAAAUGCUCCGGAGGGCUCUGUGGUUGUCAAGGUGGUGGCAUCCGAUCUGGAUGCGGGACCUAACGGGGCCAUCUCCUAUCAAUUCAGCCAAGCGGUGGGCCAGAGCCCCUCAGCAUUUGUCAUUGACCCUGUGAGCGGUGAAAUUAGACUCACAAAGCCUCUGGACUUUGAGGUGGCAGAGAAUCACGAGCUCAGCGUGCGGGCCACGGACGGCGGGGGCCUCUCGGCAAUCUGCAAGGUGUUGGUGGAGGUGGUGGAUGUGAAUGACAACGCGCCGGAGCUGGUGGUCAGUUCCUUCAGCAGCCCCCUCCCCGAGAGCGCAUCACCCGGGACGGUGGUCGCCCUCUUCACGGUCAGGGACCGGGAUGCUGGUGCCAACGGGAAGAUCACCUGUGCCCUGAAAGACCAGCUGUCGUUCUCCCUGCGACCAGCCUACAAGAAUUACUAUGAGCUGGUGACCGUGAGCGCGCUGGACCGGGAGGAGACGGCGCGGUACAUCCUCACUGUCACAGCAGCAGACGCGGGGUCACCUCCUCUCACAACCACCCAGACCUUCACGGUGGACAUCUCCGAUGUGAACGACAACGCGCCUGUCUUCAACCAGACUUCGUACACCAUGUACGUGCGUGAGAACAAUGUGCCCACGGCGCUUGUUGGAGCCGUCAGCGCCUCGGAUGCCGACGUGGGGCCCAAUGCCAAGGUGACCUAUUCCCUGGCCCCAGCGCACCCAGCAGAGCGGCCUCCCUGCUCCUGUAUCUCUGUGAACUCUGAGAACGGGCACGUGUUUGUGCUGCGGCCCCUGGACUACGAGCAUGUGAGGCAGAUCGAGGUCUCAGUGAGCGCCUCUGACGCAGGGUCGCCUCGCCUUAGCGCCAACGUGACCGUCCGCCUUGUCGUGGUGGACGAGAAUGACAAUGCGCCUCUGGUGCUGCACCCCGCCCAGGACAGCAGCCCACCGUCCAGCGAGCUGGUGCCCAUUUCGGCUGAGGCGGGGUACCUUGUCACCAAAGUGGUGGCUGUUGAUGCCGACUCGGGGCAGAACUCGUGGCUCUCAUACCACUUGCUGAAGGCCAGCGACCCCGGGCUGUUUGCGGUGGGUGCCCAAAGCGGGGAGGUGCGGCUGAGGAGGCCAGUGACGGAGAGGGACGCCGUGAAGCAGAAGCUCGUCAUCCUGGUGCGAGACAACGGGCGGCCACCGCUGUCAGCCACUGCGGCACUGAGCGCGCUCCUGCUCAGUGACUUCUCGGAGGUGCGCCUACCGCAGAGCAGCCUGGCCACGGAGGACGAGGGCAGCUCCCUGACCACCUAUUUAAUCAUUUCAUUGGUCUUUGUCUCGGUCCUCUUCCUCGCGUCCACGGUCGCCUUCGUCGCUCAUAAGGUGUGCAAGAGAAAGGAGCUGAAGGGUGGGCAUGUGCUUUACGGCACCGGCAACUUGCAGAGCAGCCUGGCCGAGGCGGCCAAUGCGGGGACCCUGCCCCACGCCUAUUGCUACGAGGUCAGCCUCACAACAGGCUCGGGCAACAGCGAGUUCAAGUUCCUCAAGCCCAUCCUCCCCAGCCUGCCACCUCAGCACUGUGCCAGGGGCGGGGGUGCGGACGAUGAACAGGAUUUGCCCCGGGGCCCUGUCAUCAUGGAGGACGUGGCACCAGACAACCCAGGGACACUCUCUGCCGAACCAUUCAACAGUCUUUCCUUUACCUAG